CAAACCGCUCCUACUGAGGAUAUUCAGAUCAUCCGUGCGGAGUCCAAUGUCGAACUCGAGGGCUACAAUUUUGCUUCGGAGACCAGCGAUGGCACUUCAAAGCAGGAGUCGGGAGUGUUGACCAACCCUGGAGCCGAGAAUGAGGCCAUCGCCGUCAAGGGAUCCUUCUCCUGGGUGGCUCCCGAUGGCCAGACCUACACCGUGAACUACGUCGCCGAUGAGAACGGUUUCCAGCCCUCCGGUGCUCAUCUGCCUAAGUUUUAG